AUGUACCGGAAAGCUCUUUCCGGCUUAUUUCCAUUGUUAACAAAUAGACUUUGGAACUUGAAAUCCGUGAAAAGUGCAUUGAAAGAAUGCAAUUUCGAAAGGAUAACGAACAAUCUUACCAAUGCUGCAAAUGAAAGAUUUAAACCCGUUUGGAGCGGUUGA